AUGACCCCAACUCGAGCUUCACAGACAGCGAGCAUUGUUAGACCCAACAUAGAGGCUAACAACUUGGAACUAAAGCCGGCAUUAGUGCAACUGAUUCAAAAAGAACAGUUCGUUGGUGGAAGCACAGAGAACCCCUAUUGUCAUCUUGAUGACUUUUUGCUUUACUGUGAUACAUUAAAAGUAAAUAGAGUUCCAAUUGAUGCUAUAUUAGUCAGGCUAUUACCAUGCUCACUGAAAGAUGAAGCAAGAGAUUGGUUGCAGUCUCAACCUAAAGGAAGCAUAACCAGUUGGGAUGACUUAGCCGUGAAAUUCUUGGCCAGAUUUUUCUCAGCUUCAAAGAUGGCUAGGCUCAAGGCGGAGAUCACAGCUUUUGAACAAAAAGAAAGCGAAUCUUUGUACGAGGCUUGGACACGAUUCAAAGGAUUACUCAGGAAGUGUCCUCAACACGGAAUUGAAGCAUGGGAGAAGGCAAGAAUCUUUUUCCAAGGGAUGACAUCCAACACAAGAACAUUGGUAAAUGCCGCUUCAGGAGGCUCAUUGAAAACAAAAACUCCUGAGGAAGCACUUGAAUUGUUGGAAUCAUUAGCAUCUCAAGAAUUUGACAAUGCUCCUACUCCAGUUGCACCCAAAAGAUCAGGGAUCAUGAAGCUUGAAGGCUAUGAUGCACUCUUUGCCCAGAAUGAACAAAUGCUACAAAUGAGGCUAAUGCAACUAAGGAUUGUGAAUACAUCAGAAACACAUAAAAACCACCAGCGGAGGUCAAUGCACUCUGGUAUGAUCAAAAGAACCCGAACAAUCGAGGAAGGAAUCAAUAUGCUGAAUCCUCCUAUGCCAUUGCAACAACAACCUCAAGGCACCACAUCAGAAUGGGAGAAGGCCUUUGCACAGCUAUCCAAAACAAGAUCCGACUACAUUCAAAAUACAGAUGCCUUCAGAGAUGAAACAAGAGCUUCAUUCCGAAAUCAAGAAGCUUCGAUCCGGAACCUGGAGACUCAAAUUGGUCAGCUAGCAAGACAGUUCACUGAAAGAACUCAUGGCACCUUUUCAAGUAACACCGAUACGAACCCAAAGGCACAAUGUAAUGCAAUUGUCACAAGAAGUGGGAUCGUGAUUCAGCCUGUGGAAAAGCCACCGGUUGAAAAGAAGAAAGAAGCCGAACCUGAAGUCGAACUUGAAGCUGAACCUGAAGCUGAGAAAGAUAAAGAAGAAGAUGAAGUAGAAGCCGAGAAGAGCAUUCCAGAGAGGAGGCUAUUCAAAUGGGAGAAAAAGAAAGCUUUGGACAGACAACCAAAAGCAGCAGACCCGCCUCCUUAUGAAAAAGUUCCAUACCCUCAGUGGUUGAAUCAAGAAGUCCAGAAACAACAAUACAACAAAUUUCUGGACAUCUUCAAGAAGCUGCAAGUCAACAUUCCUUUCGCAGAAGCCCUGGAAAUCAUGCCGAACUAUGCGAAGUUCAUGAAAGACCUUAUAUCAAAGAAACACAAGUUGAAGGAAUGCGAAACAGUGGCUUUGACAGAGGAGUGCAGUGCAAUCAUCCAGAAGAAACUUCCUCCCAGGCCGAAAGAUCUAGGCAGCUUCAGUAUUUCUAUUUAA